AUGACAAAGUUCGAACUCAUCGGCACCCUCUGCCUCAUUUCUUCUAUUGCCUUAGUCUCCUCCAGUGACACCUUCUCCGUUCAAGGCCGUGUCUAUUGCGAUACUUGCCGUGUUGGCUUUGAAACUAACAUCACCGAAUACGUCUCAGGUGCUAAAGUUAAGGUCGAGUGCACGCAUUUUACUACAAAUAAGGUUGAACAUCAUAACGAAGGUGUAACAGAUUCCACCGGCUCCUACAAGAUUAAUGUGGUAGAUGAUCAUGAAAAUGAGAUUUGUGAGGUCGUGCUCGUCGAAAGCUCCCUCGAAAAUUGCAAGGAGAUCGAGAUUGGCAGAGAUAGGGCGCAAGUAUUGCUCGCGAAUGAGGCAGUUGAGAUGCAACUUGAAUGA